AUGCCACGUUUAACCCAUCUUCUUUUGCUUCUAAUCUUUGCUCUUCUUGCCGCACAGUAUUAUGUCUUUGCUAGUGCUUACACGGUGAAACAAAGUUGGACGUUUAAAAACUGGGACAAUUAUGUGAACGAUACGUCGGACGAGAAUGCAGAAUGGUGUAAAGCGUGGGGUAUCCCAGUUAAUUCAACGGAAGGCUGGAUCUGGCCAACAGGUCGUGGUACAGCCUAUAACAACCGUCGCAUCGUUGACGAUCCAGCCAAUACGGGCGAAAAAGUACUGGAAAUCACAUAUCCAGAGGGAAGCAUCAACCCUAAAGGUGUAUUGGGACCUCAGGGCGGCAUUGGAUUUUAUGCAGAGCCUAUCGUUCAGCGCCAACAGGCUAAAUCUGCUAUUUUUGAGUAUCAAGUUUACUUUUCGGAGGGCUUUGAUUUUGUUCGAGGCGGUAAACUACCAGGUCUUUAUGGCGGUCGCCCCGUAGAGAUAUGCUCUGGAGGUAUUCAUACCGAUAUAUGUUUCUCAACAAGAACUAUGUGGCGCGCCGAAGGCGCUGGUGAACUCUACGCUUAUAUUCCUGAAGAUCUACAGCGAGCUGAUUUAUGCCAAGAUGAGGGAGUAUAUUGCGACGCAACGUACGGUUACAGUCUUGGACGAGGAUCUUGGCGCCGAUAA